AUGCUGUUAUUGUUCCUGCUGUUGUUGCUGCUUCGUUGUUCUUUUGCAAUUGCUGAUGCUGAUUUUGUUGUUUUGGCUGUUUAUGUUGAUCCUGCUUGCAUGUUGGUUGCUGUCGUUGUUACUCAAACUAACUGUAAUUUUUUAAAUAUUUUGUUUACAGACGGAACUAACCAGUGCUCGAAAGACAAGUUGGAGGUUGCUGACGACAGUGUUCUUGACUUCAUGUGUGGUGAAUCAUCUUCCGGCAGCCCUGAUACCUUCAAUGAGGGUGAUGUUUCAUUUCAUUUUACGACGGACGGGAGUGGCUCUGGAAGUGGAUUUAUAUUGACUUACAAACUCGUUGACAAACCAGUCUCGAGUAAGUACGAUCAAUGACAAACUAAGCAGCAUUAAUUGCUGCGGAAACGAUUUUUCUUCGGGUAAUAGUCGAACUUCCACUGAUAUCAGUGUUUCGACACUGAAGGAAUCCCCCGGUAUAAGUAAAAUUGUUAUUUAUUUAAAUGCUUCAUGGUUUCCGAUUGCGUAAUAGCCAACUGCACAACAACAUCUUGUCAACUCGACAUUUGACAUUCGAGCCUCACAACAAAGAAAAGGCGAAAAACCAGGGAAAAAUCUCUGAUGACGUGAUUAAUUUCUGGCCCACAGGAAACAAGUACUUGUCAAAUCUUGUGGUUAUGCCGAACUCCCCUCCCCCCUCCCCGUGAAAGCCACUGGCUGGUGCGUUAUGGUGAUGAAGUUACUUGUAAAAAAUCGACGCGUCCAAAACUCAGCGUAAUAUAAGAAGAUGAUAAUCAAUUGUUGGUUAGUCUCACAUAGCACAUAACACAGAAGCACGUAUCUUAAGAAUUCUUACAUGUAUGUAUAUAUUGGCAUUGUAUUCUGACAAUGCAUACUUUGCUGAUGCAAGUUGAUGAUUUAGAGAAGAAAAAUGCUAUUUGUUGCUGUUUUCAGUCCAAUUUUAAAAUUUUUAUCACUAAAAAAAAUCAUUAAAAUACUAUAGGUGGCGGUUCAUUCUCAUCAAAGAAGAGAAGGGCAAAAAACCCUCUUUGUCAACUCCUGCUUUUCGAAGGAAGGCACCCUCAUAUUUUGAAGCUAUUACUUUGCAUGACCUAGCUCUAAUAAGCCUGCCAAUCAAAUAUCCUGGUUCACUCUUUGUUUAGUCCCAAGCAGUCCUCGAAGUGCCAGGGUGAUUGUUGAAGGAAAUAGUCUUACUGUGUCAUGGCUGCCACCAGAAUAUCCAUAUGGUGAAAUUAAACAUUAUAUAGUGUCAUGGAGGAGAAGUAAUAGAAACGAAAUUUAUAUGAAGGAAAAUGUCACCUCAAGUCCUUUUGUAAUAAAAUAUUUAGGCAAGUAUUAAGUUACCAUUAAGCUUGCCCAUUACAAACAAUACAUCAUAGUUAAAAUAUUAUCCCAAGAUUAAAAAAAGGGAAGCCAUCUUCCAUGAGACGCCCAGUUAAUAAUUGCAAAUUCGAUGUUUGAAUCCAAACUUCGAUGUGCAUUUCCUACAAUUUAAGUCCUGGCAUUUUAUUUGUAUCGAGGUCCAAUUCACUCAAAUCGAAACAAAUUAUCUGGCGUGCAUAAAUUUACAUAAUCAUAAUUUGGUGCCCUUCAGCGGAAGUGUUGUGAAGUAUCAGAAUGGCACCCGAUUACUCUGAUUAGAAGAAUGUGCAAUAAUUUUGAAUACGGCUACCAGCUGAAGAUUAUAAUUGUAGUAUAUUGUACGUGAUACGCAUGCUAGUGGAAGAAAGGUGUAGAAUAUUGGUACACGUUAACAAUACAUGUUUGUAUUGAAAAAAAUUUUUGUUGUCACAAUGCAUUAUACAGCUGUAUAGGGUGCCAGGAGGGAGGGAAAACAGGACGGUUUUCUCCGACCUCCAGGCACCCAGCUGAAAGGCUCCCCAAACGAAAUAGGCUGUAAUGUGCAUACAGUUAUUUUUGUUAAAAGUUCUCCUAUAGAAUGCAGGAAUUUGCAUCUCUGAGAGUCUAGAUUUGUCACGAUCCCCUUUCAAAACCAAAGGACGCACUACUCCUGCUAACUGUACUAAAAGUUCAGGAAUUUAAAAAUCAGUUUUCUAUAGCACUACAUGAGCGUAUGACGGCAAAUAUCUCUGACGACGAAAAAUCUUUAGAGUUUCCCUCGGCCCUCCAAACGUCUCGGUGCGAUUAAUUAAUCAUUCUGAUUUUAGACGAAUUUACGUCUUAUUCAGUCAAAAUUCAGGCAGUCAAUAUUGUUGGAUUUGGAAACAGUUCAGAUCCUGUACUUGCUGAAACACAAACGACACAGGCUGAGCCGUCCGAUGAUAAAAGCUCAAACGCUGGUCUUACCGCAGGGGCAGUGAUUGGGGCGAUUCUCUUUGUUAUUCUGGUGUUGAUCGUUUUAUUUAUUCUGCGAAGAAAAAUCUUGAAACGACGGCAUAGUGAAUCAGUAAGGGUAAGAAUGAACGUUGUAUAUUUUCGUUACAAUUUAAUAUUAUAAUACUAACACCAGUUCUAUAGAAAAUUUCUAUAUAUCUCACUAAAACCUAGUUAUUCACAACGACCACUAGCCCAAACCACAACAGCUACAAUCAACUCGCUUGUAUUUGUCUGUCUCAAUCUUACACAGACAAGCUUGGGAGUUAAUUGUUUGGGUUUUGAUGUUUUUCGCGAUACUGAAAAAUGUUUUGGGUGUAACGUAACUUUCAGAAUUGACAAUGAAUGUGUUUGACACUUGACAUGGUUACUUUAAACAAAAUUAUGGUCGAUCUUUCAAACAAGACAAAAUUAAUGUUUAUUGCCAUGCUCACUUACAUAGUUACAUAAUUAUGAGAAAUGUCUCGGUCAAUAUUACCUGAACAUAAUUUCCUUAUCUUAUCACAUGCAGGAAUUUCAUUCAAGUCGCUUGGAAAGACAAAAUAACGUAGAUGCACUACAACCAGCCCCCAAAAAGCCAGAGUCGCAGCCUAAUGCCACUGCACAAGCAGGUUGGUUAAAUUUGAUCUAACGUGGUACAAUUUCACGUUUGCUUACAGUUAUUCUAGCAUGCAGUACUAUAAAGCCGACAAUAUCAUAUAUAAAGAGAAAUUUGCGAUAUUUCUUGGUAUACCUACUGUACCGUAACUGGAAAAACCAAACCAUAAAGACCAGAGUGCGAAGAAGCAAACAGGGGCGAAACUAGCCCCUUUUAAUUAGUUAGGGAGGUGUCUGCCAGAAUUGCCCUGCCAAAACCGAUGAUGCCCUGCAGCAAAUUUCUAGUUCUGGCCACUUUUAUUUUCCAGACAUUAAAAAAUUUUUUGGAAAAAUAUCUGUAAACUUUAGGUCUAUAAAUUAUAUUCAAUUCCCUCUGAAAGCCCCGUAAGUUACUUAAUAACUCUACAUUCUAUCAUUUAAAAUAUUUGAUUGCCCUGCCAAUCCAGAUGAUUCGCCCUGCCAAUCCAGAUGUUUCGUAUUUAAUUUUUUUCUUUUUUUUUGGGGGGGGGUGUCACCUCCCCCCCCAUACCCCCUCUCAAGUUUCGUCCCUGGAAGCAAAUUUGGGUUUGCAGUUUGUAAGUGCGUUAUAGUUUGAAAUGAUGUUCUAUAGGAUUUUAAAUUAAGCAAACUAAAACGAUUAAAAUAUUUUAGAUUAAUCGGAAAAUCUAUAUUAUGUGGCGCUUUUGAUGGAUUGGGAAAUUACGCCAGACAGUCUCAACGUAUUGGAAAUAAACCUGGGCAAAGGAAAAUUUGGAGUUGUUAAACAAGGAUUAUUAACAACUGGUGAAAGUGAACCUGAAGCUGUUGCUGUGAAAAUGUUAAAAGGUAAGAAAUUAUCGUAUAAUUAGAUAUUAUUGAUGUUUCUAGUUAUAUCAACCAACCCGUUACUUUCUAGUUCUAAUUGGAUGGUCUCCUAAAAAAAUACACAAGCGGUUUUUAUAUACGUGAUAUAGCUGGAGGUUAUUUCAGUUCAUUUUUAGCUCUAAAACUGGAUGGGCAACCGGAUUUGUCCAUCCAGACACAUUAACUCUGCCCCUGAAAAUUCACCCACUUUUUUCACUGUAAAGACAAAUAAAGGAAGAUUUUUACGUGCCGUUUUUAUGUACUUUACUAAAUGAUCAUGGGUUAAAAUCGAGUGAUAUACAGCCAAUUCAAAAGAGGUUGUCCUUUGCAAAUUUUAACCUCCAAACCUUAAACCUUUUAAAACUGUAAGCGCGUAAAGCUUAAUGUAUGGGAGCACAAGUUUGCAGCUCAGUAGCCAACUAUUGAAGCUGCCGUAUUUGUGAAUGAAUUCUAAACUGAUUAAAUAAUUCUCCCAUUAUGCUUUCCACGCUUAGAGUUUAAGCUUUAGAGUUUAAGGUUUGCAAAGGGCCACCUUUUAUGAAUUAGCUAUUUACAGCUCAAUGGCUAAUUGAAAUUACCCAUUGAUUAAACCGUUUCUACGAUUAUUUUCCGCUUUACGACGUUUGUUGAUGACUAGAUUUAUGUGAUUAUGUACAAAUAUUUCGAUUUAUGUGAUUAUGUCACGUGCAAUUGGCUUAAAUUGUCACUAUAUAAAAUGCUCGACAUGCUUAUUUUUGUAGAUAUUCCGGCAUGGUAUUAAUGUAGAAAGAAUUUUUCGUAUGCAAAGGAAUUUAGAUAUUUUAUUCGCAUCCUGCAAUUCACCAGUGUUUAUUUCUUAGAUGGUGCAAGUGAAUCUGAUCUUUCAGAUCUGGUAUCUGAGUUGAAUAUCUUGAAAGAAAUCAACAAGAUUCCACACCCCAAUGUCAUUAGAUUCAUCGGAGGAUGUUUAAUAGCAGGUAAUGUGUUUUCGAUUAAUUAAAAAACAAUGAAACUUUGCAAAUUCAGUUUAAUUUGAAAUUGAAGGCGUUUCAAUUUUAAUAAAUUUUAAUUACUUUACUGAAGGCUAUUAGUUCAGUAUCCCCCAUCUUAGGUUUAGUUUUGACGCAGAAGCAUGCAUCACAAAUUUGUGUUGACUUUGGACACAAUAUCUUAAAAAUAAUGAAGUUGACAUUAUCGCCAAUGGCGGGGGUACUAAUUCCGCACGGGCAUUUCCCAACGCGCGGGUAUGUGAGAACAUAUAGCGAAGUGCAAAAUUGUCUACCAUUAUUGUCAUGGAUGUUGGACAGUUUUCUACAUUGUAUGGAUUCGACGGGCAAGCAGAGAUAGUGGACUGGUAACUAACUCCAACUCAUGUCCGGCUAAGAUAUUAAAAGAAUAAAGAUUUGAUUUUUAAUGCAUGCACAUCAGAAUUUUAAUGACGUCGUAUAUCUAUAGCCUGUUAUAGUUGAUAAUGCGAAGUUACCUGCAGUGACUAUUAGUUAACAAUUGUUUUACUAUAAAUUUCUUAACAAAGAAAAUAAAAUAUCCAAAUACCAGCUCAUUAAUAUUCAGAAAUAGAACUGUUUUCCGCCUGUUCAUUUUUACUGUUUAAGUGUCGCAGUGUUUCUUGUACGCUCACGCUUUUUAUUUCAGUGGAAGAUUUUAGCUUUUAAAUAACAGUAAAGGUUUUAAAAAGUACUAUUGGUUAAUAUUUUUUACCGUUAUAACGAUAAAAUAACUAGAAAUUUAGUCUAUACCCGUAUCUAUAGCACCAGUUUACUUCGACACGUUUACACCACGUUAAAUGGAGUAAUAUUACAUUCAAACACUCAUUAAUAAUUCAUAUUAUAUAAGCUUAUUGGCAAAUCAUAUCAACCAUAAUAUGUCACGUGCAGUGGCUUUAAACCUGAUAAAACACUCCUAAUUAGUAUUCUAUAUAUAAAGAAUACUAAUAAGGCAGUAUCUAUUGUUGUCGUGUUCUCAUUAGUAGUUUUUAUAUAAAGAAUACUAAUAAGGCGGUAUAUCUAUUGAAUUUGUAGUCGUGUUUGAAGCAGUUUAAUAAACUCGCAGAUCGUGUUUUAUUAGGUCUAAAGCCACACGCGCUGCGCGCUCUUGUCUUUAAACCUGAUAAAACACUCCUGCUCGUUUAUUAAACAGUACUUAAAUUUAAGUUUAUUUAUAAAUUUUGAAAAUCGAUGAUAAGUUCUGUAGUUAGCUAAUUUUUUGCCCUUUUUAAACGAAAAUAAAUGGUUCAAACAGUGAUUUGGAUCCGAAUCAUGUGUCAAAGUGCGAUGGGUAUAAUCUAUGCAUGUAUCUCUAGUAUGUAAAUAUCAAUCACAUUUUUAAAUACGGUAAAAUAUGGAGAAAGUAAGGUUUUGAAAUUUAUUAAGGCUAUGUUUUUAAAAAUAAAGGUUUCAUUAUUGGGAAUUUUAAACCUUGUAUACUAUAUACUGGAUGACAGAAUAUAAACGCUAUGUUAGCGAAGAUCUUAAGAAUUAUUAAAGACAUGGAAAACGUUCUAUAAUACUUCAGAAAAACUUCAUGUGGUGAUAGAGUUCUGUCCUGGUGGAAACCUACGAAAUUUUUUACUCAACAGUAGAGUCUAUCCUUCACCUGAAAACUCAUCGAAUUAUGUCAACAUGACAUCAACUUUAAAUCAUCGUCAAUUGUUAAAAAUUGCUGUGGAUAUUUCAAACGGAAUGGUUCAUAUUUCUUCUCAGAAGGUAGGCUAUUUAGUUGUUUUAACGUGCAGAAAUAUAUAAACUAAAACAGCAGGUUAAAUUUUAACCGGGUUAGUGGUAAUUCAGCUUUGAACAACCGACCCCUGGCUAAUUUAAUCCCGAGUCCUGGUUAAUUUAAAUUACAUGCAUGCAUAAACCCUCGCCUUGCUGACAAAACCAUUGCAUUUUCCGAAUAUGAAGUAUCUAAAGUAGUUGUCAUAGUAACACGAUAAUUUUUUAAGAAUAUUCUUACAAAUGAAAAAUCGCCUAAAAAUAUUAUUUUUUGUUACAAAAUUAUCAAUUUUCCAACAUAUAUAUGUUAGGUAUGUUAUUAUACGUAAUAUAAGCUUCAAAAUAAGGUAAAAUUCAACCACAAACGCUUCGCAAAACGUUUUAAAGUGUUCUUUAUAAAACUAAACUGCUUUUAAUUAAAUAGCUUUAUCGAUAAACUUUGAGUUUGCAAUAAAAUGAUUUCAAAUUCUCGCAUGCAAAUAACUUUGCUUUCUUUUUAUUUAAAAAAAUCAAUAUAAUAAAAAAUGGAAUCAAUAUUGUUACGAGCCGGUCCCUACUAUUUUGUCUGGCCGCUCUGGUUCUGUUUACUCGCAACAAAAGAAUGUAAAUCUAAGCAUUUUACUUUUUGAUAUAUAUAUUAUAUAUUUAUACUAGAAAAGCAUUAGUUAUAUUAAUUAAUUUAUAUGAUAAUAAGGUUAAUUAGGCUAUAUGUUAUAAUUAAACUUAUCUGUCCGAGUGAGCAAUUGCAACUUGAUAUAGCAACAGUUCAAGUGUAAUUCGUAAUAUCCACAAGAUAUCCAUGCUGUUUUCUUUCUACGUUAAUAUCAGGGCGUUAAAGCAGCUUCGUCUUCAGCCAUGGAGUACUCUUUCUUAAUCUUUGAUCAUUGCUCUAUUCUUAAUCAUAAUGCUAAUAAUGAUGUUCACUGAUGCGUGAAGCUAAUUUUAUAGUAUUAAUCAAUGUAUGACUUUGCCAUCUUGACGCAUUUCCUAUAUACGCAAUGCAGUGGUCGUUGGUAGAAAGUUCUCUAACCACAUUCAUGUCCGUUGACGUUAUUUGUGGACAAGGCGUUUUCUCUAAUCUUUAGAACUAUGUGCUUACUCAUGCAUGUAAGCUAUUAUAUGAAAAGGUAUAAGCUAUAUAGUAUAAUAAUAAUAAUAGUAUAUAUAAUAAUAUUUAAUAUAUGCAAAAUUACAUGAUGUUGCUCAUCAUAUAACAAUAUUAAAGAUAGACUGAAAUUAUAUGCUGUCUUGUUUAGUUGUUUCAUAUACGCAAAGGCCGUCGGGUUUUAGAGCAAUUAUAAAAUCAAUAUUUAAAACAAACUUAUCUUCGUUAACGUCGGCUCCCUUCUUUUAGUCGAUUCUUUCGCCCUUUCUUUCUGAGAAAGCUUUUGAAACUUACAAAAUCUUGCAAAAAUGCGAGCAAAAAUGAAAUAUAUUUGCACGAAAUUUAUCAUUCAUCAAAUCAAGAAAUGUUUGCUAUUCCGUUGUCGUCAUGCAGUCGUUAUAAUGCAAACUUUACAUUGGACCAAUCAGUGUCCGCUAUUCAUGACAGUCCGCCAUAUUUUUGAGAUCAGUGAGGAUGACCACCCAUCGUUGGUGAGCCACGCCCGCGAUGAUCGAUGAAAUUUAGACUUCGCUAAUGCUUUCGUUUCCCUGGGUGUAAAUAGCCGGGGGGAAUUAGUACCCUCACACGGCGCUUCGCGCCGUCGGCUCGGGGAUUAACCAGACUCUAUAUGGUUGAAUUAACCAUAUCAUGUUAGGUGGGUUAUUAAUCAGGAAUUUUGGUCUAAAUAUAAAUACCGAACUACCGUAAAACUUAAAAGUGUGUUAGUCUAUAACUGCAUGAUGACAUCAUCAUAUAUAAAUGAAUAUUCCUAGCACGAAAAGCUUGCUAUUUGAUCUCCAGAUUUAGAUAUUGCGCGGAAAGCUUGGAAGAAGCUAUAUUUUCUAUAUGAACAUAUAAUUAUUAAAAAUGCAUAAAAGGGAAGAGGCUCAACUGCAGCAUGUGUAACCGUGUUUCAGUGCUUUCGAUGUACACUACCAUCAUUCUGCUUUACAACAAUCUGCUAUGAUUGGUUCGUCUGCAUUACUAUGUCUAGUUUUUAUUGGUUCUUACAUAUUCGACCAUGCGAACUGAAUGCCAGACUUGAACUUGAAACACCAGUAUAUCAAAAAUGCAAUUACCAAUUCUUCGACAAAGAAGCCGUAAUUGUAAGCCUUCUGCCUUCUGCAUUCACGGGAAGAAAACACCUUAUUUCUUCGAAUUAUAUAUAUAUAUAUAUAUAUAUAUAUAUAUAUAUAUAUAUAUAUAUAUAUAUAUAUAUAUAUAUAUAUAUAUAUAUAUAUAUAUAUAUACAGGGUGUAUAAAAAAAAACGCAAUUCAUCUUUUGUGCUCAAUAACUUUCGAAAUACUAUUUCUAGUUAAACGCUUUUAGGCUUACUUCAAAGCCUGUUCUUUUCUCUUUCAAACAAACUAUUAUCCUUGUUUCCAAUGCUAGUAAUAAUUGCACAGGAAAAGAUUUAGUAAAACCUAUCAUUUUUAGUUCCUGUUUAAUUAUGCAAGUUUACUAUGUUAUUGUUUAGUCGGUUUAAAUGUUAGAAUUUUCUUCUUUAAACUUUAAUGUUGUCAUCACUACAUCUGGAAAACCACGUAAGAACAAAUUAAAAGUAUUUUAAAAGAGACCAGGUUGUUUGAAAAUCCUAAACGAAUGCUAAAAUCGUCAAAACAUUCUGGUGUCUGAGCCAGCGUGUCAUCGAAUUGCGAUGUAAUGUAAACAGAAAUUAUAGCAAGUUGAUGUCAGUCAGCUUAGAUGGUCCAAGCCAAAAUAAUAUCGCAUUUGAAGUUUCAAACUGAGUUAAAAAUAGUGGAAGAAAAGCCGAAAUUAUACUCAUUGUUACAAUCCAUUUAAUAAAAUGCAACAUUUGUUUGUUUUAAUGAAAAAUCAGUUAUUUUCAUGAGAACGAUUUGUUAUUCCAUCUCAAUUUUUUUAAUCUCCAAUCGCAAUAACGUAAAGUAUUAUUACCCGCGAACCAAUGAGUCAAAUUUAGGAAACAACCCACUGUUAGAAAGCUGAAUGGCUACGCUUUAAAAUGAAUGUAAACUUUAAAGUUUUCGUCUAUUAUUUGUUUAGCAAUUUACAUUUUAGUCGAGGAUUGCGCUUUUUUUGAUACACCCUGUAUAUAUAUAUAUAUAUAUAUAUAUAUAUAUAUAUAUAUAUAUAUAUAUAUAUAUAUAUAUAUAUAUAUAUAUAUAUAUAUAUAUAUAUAUAUAUAUAUAUAUAUAUGUAUUAAUUAAGAUGCAAAUGUUCUAGUGUGUGUAUUACAUAAUUUCCAUACCCAGCGCAAGCAGAAAGAUGUUGUCUGCCGCGGCUGGGUCUUGAACCCGCGACCUUCGAAUUACUAGAUCGACGCUCUGCCUACUGAGCUACACGGUCAGACGGAUUUAAGACUGGAAAUUAUGAAAUAUAUACUGAAUGUCAUAAACAUACUCGUUUAUAUUAAUUCAAUCGAAAAAUACUAGUUCUGCAAUAUAUAUAUAUAUAUAUAUAUAUAUAUAUAUAUAUAUAUAUAUAUAUAUAUAUAUAUAUAUAUAUAUAUAUAUAUAUAUAUAUAUAUAUAUUAAUUAUUGUAUUAACAGUUCGUUCAUCGUGAUUUGGCCGCUAGAAAUAUUCUCAUUGGUGAAGAUAAUAUGGCAAAGGUGUCUGAUUUUGGUUUGGCAAGAGAUAUUAGUGGAGCUGAGGAAUACAUACGAAAUAAUCAGGUAUAAAUUAUUUAAUAAUAUACCUUGUAGAAUGGAUACUGGCAUUUUUGUACACGGGCAAGAUCAGCAAUUGAAUUUAAUUUAAGUUAAUUCAUAAAACUCCCGUAUAACAUAGAAUGUAGGCUACAGUCUUCAGCUUGUUAGAGGAUGUGCCGGUUUAUACCUUGAAUAUGCAUUAUAUAUAUAUAAACACACAUCAAAACACACUAGAUAUAGCGCAGUGUAAGAAUUGAAUUUUCUCAGGAUUUUAUUUAAGUUCUAUAAUGCACGGUGUUCAAUAUAUCGGAUAUGCUUUGCUGUGAUAUGGACAUGAAUUUAAAAAUCGAAACUUAUACAAUUCACGGACAUUAGUUAAAACACGAUACGGAUACAGGAAAAUAAUGUAAUGUCUGGUUUUCACAGUUAAUCAAAAAUAAUAAUCUUCAUCAACCCCAUUAUAAUUGCGCCACUUUAUGCAAGUUAUAUAACCUAUAACCGCAAUAUCCAAUUAGCCUUUCUCACAAUGACGAAUAUACGCCAUUUCUGGGUGGCAUCUGAUUCUCGUUAACCAAUACAGACAAUUAAAACAAUGUGAAAAGCAAUUUUUCAAAAUAAACUAACCAUUUACAAAGCAAAUUUAUCAUCAUCCGUCCAAAAAAUCGCUGUUAUAUGUGGACUUACCUCGCAGACUUCGGCUGAAAAGCCACCCAAAAACGGCGGCGUGAGAAAGGCUAAUUAAAAUACGCAGAUAUAGUACUUAUACAAUUGAGGAAAGAUACAUGCAAGUGUUUCGUUAAAGAUUAGUCUACUAAUUAUUAAGUGGUUAUACUGUUUUGUAGAAUUUACUUCCUGUUAAAUGGAUGGCAUUGGAAAAUUUACUUCACGGAUGUUUCACAGCAGCCAGUGAUGUGUAGGUUUAUAUAUUCAUUCUAUCAUCCAAACUUUAAUUUUUAUGAGGUGAUGUGAAGAUAAGCCUGGUGUUUUCAGGACGUCCCAACUUUCUUGUAUAAAUAUUAUUUUCAUCAUUUCUGCAUGACUUUAACGGUGUGUUCGAAUGAUCACUUCAUAGCUAUAUAAAUAUUUGUGUUUUCAUUGAUGCAGAUGGAGCUAUGGUAUUCUUCUUCAUGAAAUUGUAACUCUAGGUAAGAUAUACUAGCUAUUGUAUGUAGCAGUGAAUACUGGUGGUAACAGGCAGCUUUUGUAUAUUAAUAAUGAGUUCGUAUUUUUCGCAAUAAAUAAUGAAAAUAUUAAAUUUGUAUGUCAUACGGUAACGCCUUUCCUUCGUUAAUCGUUUUUCUGACUAUUCAAUACAUUUAGGAGAAGAGCCAUAUAAAAACAUUCCUCCACAUAAUAUUGCCAUUCACGUGGGAUCUGGAUGUCGAAUGUCGCAGCCAUCGCAAUGUUCUGAUGAAUUGUAAGUUUUCCUGACAAAAAAUUAUAUGUUUUCAAUCUUAACUGCAGUUUAAUUUGUAUUAUUAGUAUUAUUACAAAGGUUUGUACAAUUCAUAAUAAUGAGAACUAAUUUUUUAAUGUCGGGUUCGCAGCGUAUGCCCUCCCAAAUCAAUUGAAACAAAGAUUCACGCUAAUCCCAUGUGCCAUAUCGUGCUUCAUUCCUUAAGUAGAUUAUGUUGCCUUUGAACAAAUUACAUUCACGACGCAACGUUGCCACACGCCGGGGCCCCACACCAGUCUACGAUUUUCGUCAGCGUGCAUAUAGUCAGUUUACGUGGGGUAUUUGACAAGUCUAUCAUACACCAUCAACAACUUUUUGCUCAAAGGGGUUGUUUUCCUGAAGCAUGGAGUAUUAAUACUUAUCAUUUUUGCAUGGACUAAGGCUUUGGGGACUAUGUAGUCACAUUCAUGUUGCUGGACUGUAGUUUUGGUCAUCAAUAUAAAUUAUUAAGUAUUGCAUUCCUCAAACCAAUAUAGCAUGCAAAAAAUGUCUAAUACAGUAUUAUUUCUGCUUAUUGUGUCCAGUGCCAUAAAUUGUUUCUUGCCUUUUUUGCCGGGAUACUUAAUUAGAAUUAAAUGCAAACUCAAAUUAAUGCACUGCAAUACAGAGAGUGUAUAAAAGAAGUAAUCCAAAAUUGACACGCUAUCGUGCGUUAGGUAUUACGUUCAUAUAGGUUUCCUGUUUUCAUAUACUUAUAAAGAUUAUAUAUUUUGCUGUCAAAUGUCUGCGCCAUUUUUGUGCAGAUCAAAAUGGCCGAAAAUACUCACCAGGCAUUUUUUAAACAAAACGUAAGUGCUGUUCGUAAGAGGUAUUUCACUUGUUUUUAAGAGACGAUUAUAUGCGAAGCGGCCAUGCAGGGACGAAACUUUAAAUUCUUGUUCUACCAUUUAAUUGUUAUGCAGAUUGAAUCAUUGUGAGAGAAUUUCAUGAUCAUAAUAUCUUUGCUGGUCAACAGAGGAAUUGCCUGAAAUAAUUUUAUCGUAUUCCUACAUUAAUAUGUUCAGUCGCAUUCUCAACGGACUGCAUUACUCAAAUUGCUUUCUGGCUACGCUUUUUCCGUGUGAUAAAUAUGCAAGAUGAAUAUUUAAUUCAUACUAAACCCCAUCGUAUUUUUCCCGCUUGGCUUUUAUCUUUUAGCUUUGCCGGCGGACAACCUUAAUGCAAUAAUCUGGAUAUAAAAUAAACAAUAUAGGACCUAACACUGAUCCUUGUCGGACACCACUUCUAACAGUCUUUUCCUCAGAUUGAACUUCGGCAUAUUUUACAAUUUGUUUUCUGUUUUAGAUAAAUAAUUUUCGAACCAUUUUUUGACCACAUCCAAUCCCUUAUACCAUGCAUAAUGAUCUAAUUUUCUUAUCAGAAUCUUGUGAUUAAUUGUAUCACAUGCCCUUCAUAGAUCCAGGAAAAUUCCAACUGAAAACUUUCCUUCGUCAAUAGACAACUUGCACUUUAGACUAUAAUUUUUGAUCUAAGUAAAAAAGUACAUUCCCGUAAUAUACUUUAACUUAUCAAAUUUAGUGAAAUUGCAAAAUUCGGUAAAUAAACGAAAUGUUGUAAAAAACGGAAAAUAUGGCCUUGCGAAGUUUGCGUAUUUUAUGUACUAUUUAAAGCACGCGUAGGAGUGUUUUAUCACAUAUAAAACACGACGCGUAGCGGAGUGUUUUAUAUGUGAUAAAACACUCCUACGCGUGCUUUAAAUGCAUGGCCAGAAAUUCAGGACAGUCAGCGGAAAGACGCGCGGGCUCAUAUUCACCAAGUUUCCAUUUCAAGAAAGAAUAGAAUGCAGUCGGGCAUGUAUCCGACAUUGUAUUCGUAUGCAAAUUUUAUACGCACAAUACAACAAUAAGCCGUUUAAAUACUUACUUGGGGUACAGUAUGUUCAAGUAAACGAAAGAAAAGUAUUUUAAAAUAAAUUUCCAACUGUUAAAGAUGCCCAAAUAGAAACUGCUGCAAAUAAUUUUACCACAUUUUACAAAUUUUCCCGCGAAAUCUGAGCUAUUUUAUUGCGAAAUCAACCUCACUGAGCCCACAAAUACACAUUGUCAGUCAUAUAGGUUGCCUAGCAACAAUUUUAAAGCAAAAUCAACAUUUACAAAUUUGCUGGGUUUUUUCAAUUUUUCGAGUGAUUUGUGGUAAUUCCAACGGUCAAUGUACACAUUUUCUGUUUGCUAAAAAGCAUAUAUUUGGUGGCUUUUUGGAACCUGUUUAUCCAUCCUCUACGGGUUUGUAAACUGUUGGAGAACAAAGAUAAACUCAACUUUUAUCAAUGCAGACGUGCAGAAGCUCCAU